ACUAGAUAGAUAACAGACACAGAACUCUUGAUUUAUUGUCAAUCUUUGUAGCGCUGAGUACAAACCGCAUAUAAACUAGCUUAAGAGCAGUUUCUAGCAACACGGCUCUACGGGAACAGGGCUUUAGAAGAAACAUUACUUAUUGCUGGUUAAUUUCUUAAUUUGGAUUGAAUCACAGAGGGUCUAUAAUGGAUCUGGUGUGGCUUUUAUACAUCGCAGCGAGUAUGUGCGCUUUGCUCGCCUCUGCUGAGAGACACACUGUUUUCUGGAAUAGUACCAACACUAAGUUCCGAUGGAACAGCUAUGCGGUUGAGGUACGCCUGAACGACUACCUAGACAUCGUGUGCCCUCACUACCCACUGGGCGAAGUGCCGUCACAGGAUGCCGAGCGCUACGUGCUCUACAUGGUGGAACGUGAAGACUAUGACUCCUGCCGUCCACAAUCUUACGACCAGAUGCGCUGGGAAUGCGGCCACCCUUUCGCCCCUCACGCACCCGAAAAGUUCUCCGAGAAGUUCCAGCGCUUCACGCCAUUCACCCUGGGAAAAGAGUUCCGACAGGGCGAGAGCUACUACUACAUCUCCAAACCACUGCACCACCACGGAGAGGAGUGUAUGAGACUCAGAGUAGACGUAGUUGCCAAUGAUGGUUCUCAAGAAGCCAGGGUUGGCACAGGAAGUGGAUCUAAGGUGGGCACAGGGGCAGGAGCUCACACACCGUCUAAUCGGUUACCAGCAGAUGAUCCUGUUGUGGCUCUUCCUGAAGUGCAGCAAAGCAAGCGGACAAACUCCGCCAUUUCAGGAGCAUCCUGGACUGUUCUCACAACCUUACUCCCCCUUUUAUUGUUGUUGGUCUUACAGUGAGAUUGGACUAGAUACACUGGACUAAAUUUCACUUACAAAAGACUGUAAUGACGGCGGCCUGUGUCGAUGGAAGCACACAGAGGUAGCUCUUUACAUCCCAGUGCUGGCCAUUGGGAGAAGCAUACAGGAAGUGGAGUGGAGAAGCCUAACUGGAAGAAGAGGGCUUUCGGACACUUCUAAAGAAACAAAAAAACGAGACGUCAGUAUUUUUCUGGAAAUAUUGUUCAUGCAAAGGGAGAUGUUUUCCCUUUUACCAUUUUUUUUUUCUUCAUAUAAACGUCUGACCACUCAAAACCUGGAUAAGAACAAACUGAAACAGUAAUGCAGAUUUGGAAUUAGCAUGAACUUGGAAUAUGGACAACCCCCUUUAUUUGAGUGUCAUAAUGAUGGGACGCAAGCCAAGAAUGAGCCAAAGACCACAGAGCUUCUCACAGAGGAGUAGAGCGAUCAAAACUAUUCAUUGUUUUCUCAUGUUUUGUACAUCCAGAGAAAUAAUUGAGUUUCGUAUUAAUUUAUGUAGCAUCAGCUUAGUGGGUUUUAUUCUCACUGUCUCAUGGUUUUACAAGACUGUGUGCUGUACCUGGACUUAACCUGGAAAUGCAGUACAGAACACAUACGUACCCCUUUACCGCCGAAAUGGUGCUGGUGCCUGUGAUGGGACAUCUGUGGAAAUGAACAGAGCGGUUCCAGAUUGGGCGCCGGCACCCUGACAGCGGAAAACGGCGGCAUCCGAUACAGUUUACCAAACCCACUGACACACUUCCAUUCAGAAAUGCUGUGUUGUUUUUGUACAUUCAUUGUUUAAAGAGUUCGUAAAUUAUUAGUUUUGCUGCAGAACAAAUUACUGUAUAUAGUGAGCAAAAAUGUUUACUGUGUGAUGGAGAGAGAGAGGAAAUGAGACGUGAGAGAGGAGAAACUCGUUGGAUUAAUGUGUUGAAGUGUACAUGAAAAAGUGACAAAAAGGGAAAUUGGAUUAUUGGAUAAAUACACACAUUUCCUCCCAAGUGUGUGUGGAGCUGUGAUGGUAUGUCCUGGCACGGUGGGCAUUUAUCACCACCCUCAGCAUUUAAACUGCCAAGCAAUCAAUGAGAAGCACACUCUCACACAAUCACUAAUGUACACCUGGAAAUGAACUUCAUAAUUAAGAACAGAAGUUUUUACUUCAUCUAAGCUGUUCAUUGGGUGGAAAGAAAAAGGAAAUUCAGGAAAAUAUGUCAACUGAUUUGUAUCGGCAAUUGGACUACACUAAAUAUUGCAGUUGGCCAAAUUAUAUUUUUAAUUUUAAUAAAUUUAUGCUGGUACUGAAAUCAAAACAUCAGGGUAGCACAUGUGUAAUAUAACA